AUGGUUUUUGAAAAUUUUUUUCAAAAACAAAAAAAAUCCGACCCUAUACCUUCAUCUUCUUCAGUAACUAAGACUGAAAACGAUAAUAAUGAUAAUCAAUAUAUAAAUUCAUUAAAAGAUUGUAAACCUACACCACUUGAAGAUUAUGGUUAUUAUUUUUUUCCGGAAAGAUUUGGUAAAGAACAUAUAUUAACAAUACCACAACGUAUUUUUCAACUUUCAAUACCAUAUGAUUCAGCUUCACGAGAUUUAACAAGAAAAAUUGAAUGUGAAAAAUAUAUUAUUAAAUCAGUUGAAUCAAAUCCAUUAAUUAAAACACUUGUACAAGCACUUGCUGAUCAUAAUUGUCCCAUUGAUUUAUCACGUCAUUUUAGUUGUGAAUAUUGUGAUGAUGCUAUGCCAACUGGAAUGUUUGAUCCGGCAACAAAUCAAAUAGUUGUUUGUAAAAAUCAAAUAUCAUAUUUUGAUAAUUGUAUUAUUACAGGACUUGUACAAGCGUUUGAUUAUUGUCGAAAUAAAUAUGAUGUGCAUAAUUUACGUCAUUUUGCAUGUAGUCAAAUACGUGCAUUAAAUUUUACUGAUUGUAGUCUUAUUAAAGGAUGCUAUGUUGAUCUUCGUGUUAAACGACGUUAUCAUGCAUGUUUAGAAAAUGAAGCAGUACGACGAUUACGCAUGAUGCGUUCAGUAGAAGAAAAAGAAGCAAAACAAAUUGUUAAAGAUGUUUUUCGACCAUGUCGUUAUGAUUUGGAACCAUUUGGUGAAGUUCCAAAACUCGUUCCAAAAAAUAAAUAUAUAUACAAUGAAUAUGAACGAUAUCGACGAUGGUCUAAAACAACCGUGUAG